AUGGAAUGGUACCUCAAGGCUGCCGAGCAAGGAUACGCUGAAGCUCAACACAGCAUCGGAGUUCUCUGCAACCUUGAUCGCGGUGUUCCCCAAGACUACUCACAGGAGAUGGGUUGGAUCCUCAAAGUCACCCAUCAAGGACAUGCAGGAUCGCAGUACGACAUUAGCGAAUUGUACUACUUUGGUCAAGGUGUCCGGCAGGACUACGCACAAGCAAUGGACUGGUACCUCAAUGCAGCCGAGCAAGGAUAUGUCGCCUCUCAGCACGGCAUCGGGUUUCUACAUAAGUAUGGUCAAGGCAUUCCUCUGGACAACAAGCAAGCGAUGAACUAA